AUGCGAAAACAAAAUACUCGUCCAAAUCAGGUAAGCUGGAUAAACUCUGGAAAUUCAAGUAAAUAAGCAAGAUGUGUCCUUCACGCAUUCUGAUUGUGAGAAACAAAAAAUGGGGAUUUGCUUGAAUUUUCCCUCUAUUUUUGAUUCUCUCAUAAAUCUCCCAAUAUGUAUUUCAGAAUGCUAGAAAACAAAUGCAAGAUCUAACCGCCGAAUUAUUUUCCGGUGCCAUCGACAAAAAAACAACUCGAAGAAAAAUGCAACUAACUCGUGCAACUUCAUCUUCUCGCCCAGCUCCUGGAAGCGUUGUUGUUCAAAUUGUUCGACCACCACCAGUUGAAGAACCUGCUGAACAACCAGAGCAAAUUCCCCAAGAGGAACCAGAACCAGAAGUUGAAGUCGAGCAAGUUGUGGAAGAAGAACAUCAACAGGAAGAUGGAAAUCAAUCGAUAAAUGUGAUGGAUCUAUUGAUUCCUCCUAUUCCUGCUUCGAUUUCUCUUCCAACUCUUCAACCAACAAUCCAAUCUACUUCUUCAAAUUUUGAAGCAGGUGGAUUUUCUCGAUUUACACCUUCGGAAAAUUCCGACUUUUAUAAUACUAGUUAUGUUAGUCGAAAUGUAUCGCCAUUUGAUGUUGCCGCAAAACAACCAGAUAAAAUGGUAUGUUUUUCAAAAUUAAAAAAAUCAAAAUCAUUCAAAAAAUAUUUCAGCCAAAUCCAUUUGCAAAUCGCAAACGAUUUCCGAUGGAUAAUUUUGAAUCUACUACCAAUGCCAACAACAGUCUCAAUAAACCUCGCUAUUUGGAUUCCAAAACAUUUUGCGAGGAUUUCUCCAAUUUGAACAUCAAUAAAUUUGGAAAUAUUCCGGCGAAUCGUCGAAAUGAAAAUAAUAAUUUUAUGUUGCCUGCCUGGUGGAAAACUCGAUCUUUUUCAUCUGCAAGUUGUUAUUAUCCACAAAAUGUGAAGGCACAAUUGCAAACUCGAAGUUUGACAACAAUGAAUGUGCCAUCACAUGGAAAUUUGGAUGAUAUUGAUAAUUAUUUGACGACUAAUUAUCAACAGAAUCAUAAAGUUGAUAUGAUGGCAAAGUAAGUUUUGGAGAAAAAAAACUUGUUCGACUAUAUCACAUUUUGGUACUUUUUUCUACAGUAAUCCUAUUCAGGAAGAAACCUAAAGACUAGAAUGUGAUUUGUUGGGACCUGUUUAAUUUGAAAAAAAAAUUAAAUUCCUUUCCGACUAUUCGCAAUUUUUCACCAAGCUAAAAAACUAAAAUUCCAGAAAAGAGAGAUGGGCUCGAAUGAAGGCUAAAAAACGAAUUCUUCGUCGACCAGUUGAAGAAGAAUUUUUCGAAGAUGCUGACGAAGAAGAGGAAAUUAUGUGUGGUCGUGGAGUUCUUCUAAAUCAGAUUGUUCAAUUAAGUAAGCAAAGAAUAUAUUAUUUUUCGAAUUUCCCAUUUUAUUUUUCAGAUGGCAGCGGACAAUAUGAAGAUGCAGAUAUUCUUCGAAAAUAUCGUCGCGAUGUUGCUUACAUCAAAGAACAAUUGAUGAAAGAAGUCGAAGGAAAUAUCGAUGGAAUUCGAGAAAUUCGAUUUUUGAUUGCUUCUGUUCAAACAUAUGGAAAUAUUGAUGGACAAUGUAUGAUGGCUGAAAUCGCAAUGAAUGAAUUCACAUUGUUUUCUGGAGUUUUGGAAAGAUUUCAUGCGAUCGUUGGACCAUGGUCGCCUGAAAAUGAGACACAAAGAAGACGAGCAAGUCGACAAGCAUUUGAUACACAUAAAAUACCACUUCAACACAAUUUCGCAACAAUGACUAAAAAGAAACUGGUGGAGGAGAUUUUGGGAAGAUCGGAACCGAGUAUUGCGUAUCGACAAGGUGUUAAAGUUGGAUUGUAUAGUGAUACGGUAUGUCAAAGAGAUAUAUAUUGAUCUAUUUUUCCUAAUCUUCUGUGAAUUAGAAUAGUUGAAACAGUAGAUUUGUGAAAUUUAUUUUUAUCGAAAUUCCAAAAUUUUCACAGUCAGUAUUUCUUUGAAAAAUAUGUAAUUUUCACUUGUAUGUUCAUCCUAUCAUGUUUUUUUAUUUUGAGUUUUUUUGAACUUUGUUGAGUUUUUCUGUUUCCACGAAGUUAGAAUUUUUCCAUAACACAUUUUAUGAUUUAUUUUUCAGUGCGAUGAACAAUUCCGUGUUCAUCUCCAUCUCAAAAAUGGCUUCAAAGAUGCUUCAAUGAUGGUUGAUUCAAACGAGAGAAGAUUUGUUUUAGUUCUCCAAAGUGAAGUCGAAUUAAUGGUUGAAUCAAUGAAACAUCUUGGAAAAACCAUUGGAUUGCAUUAUGAAGGAUUUCCAACAACUCCAGAUCGUUUUAUCAUUGUUGAAGCAUUCGUCGACGCAGUUGUAGAUUUGAUUGGUGAUAAAAUCGGGCCAGAAACAAUGCAUUGGUUCGCGCUUCUUGGACAGAAAAAUCAAACUGAUGUGAGUUUUUAUUUGUGAAAAGCAAAGAUCUAAAUUUUUACAAAUUCAUUUUUUCUAGACUGCAACACCUUGGGAGAAAAACGUGGAUCUUCAUUGUUCUCAUCACACUGAUCCCAAAAAUAAUUAUUGUGCUCAAUUGACAGUCUGCAGAGCAACUUUUAUUAUUCUUCAUAUUCUUGGUAGCUUUUUCCGCCGUUAUCAUCUUCGAAAAAUUCCAGCAACUUCAACUGCCACGUCAUCAGCUAUUCUUACUCGUUGA